UUUACAAAAUCUUUACUCACACAAUGCCCCGGCCACUCAAAUGACAUAAUGCUGUGUUUCCGUUCAAUACUACUGCCCAAAAAGGAGGGUAGCUAUGUAACUUUUUGGUACAUGCCAACCCAAGCGAUACAAAACCACUGCCCUCUUACUCAUAUAAGAUCUAUUGUAAUGCACUGAUGAUUUCUAAUUCUGGUCUUCAAUCGUUUCAGAUUAUCAUCGUCAUAAUAUCGGUCAUUGCCAGCCCGUCCAGACCAGAGUAUCUGAUCCCGAGACCCCAAGAGAAGUACGUCGAGGUUUACUGCCAGUUCAGCAAUGGCUUCAUCGCCUCGUGCGUGUACAACCUGCUACUGAUCCUGGUCUGCUGCUACUACGCCUUCAAGACCCGUAAGGUACCCAGCAACUACAACGAGUCCAAGUUCAUCGCAGUCAGCGUCUAUUCCACGCUGGUGCUGUGCCUGGCCGCCGUGCCUGUCUACACUACGGCCGUGGCUGUACUGCAGAAGGUGGCUACUCUCUGCAUGGUGCUGCUGCUCAACGCCUACCUGACGCUGGUCUGUGUCUACCUGCCCAAGCUCUACGCCGCUCGUUUCGUCAAAGAUAUUCGUGUUAUGGACUGGAGCAGCUCCGUCCAAGACUCAAGGAUCAAGCCGGCAUCAACCAUGUCUACUGGUGCCGAACAGCCAGCAACGGUAUCGUAAGUUAGCUUUUUUGCUUUGGAACGAACGCUUGCACGGAGACUCGUCAAUGAUUUCAAUGUACGCAGCUGCGUACGUACGAUCCAAGAAAAUGUUCAAAUAAAAAAAUAUACAAAUUAAUCACAGGUAAAUCUUAUCACAUAACGCCUGGCCUCCCAAGCCUACCAAAACUAGUGUACUUUUGCAAGAGUCUGCCGAAAAGUAAGGGUUCCUUUGCAAAACUCGAUUCUUUACGAAACUAAAUCGGUUUUCCCUUCAAUCACUCUUAAAACAUAACCGUAACAAUGCUAGGUCUAAUUUUGGUGACUUAACUAUAUUGAACACUUUACUUCUGCGGUAGCUUAUAGAUUUAAUUUGUCCAUGAAAAACAAGCCACAUUAAUACCCACUUUUGUUUAAAUUGUAAAGAACAUCAUUUAAAUGUAUUCAAUGUAUUUAAAUGUGAAGAACAUGUUUUGAUCACCGUUUUUCUGUGUAAGUAUUUCACUCAACUUUCAAAGAGCGUCACAUUUUGGAAAGGUCUAAUUGUAAAUCAUAUUCCCAUUUUCACAUUAUCUGUCAAGAAAAAAAGUAAUAUAGAUUUUCCCGGCUAUAUUAAAACCAUUUUUGUUCGAAUUCACCGAUUCUUACAUUCAAUUUCGUACAGCA